AGCCACAGGUGAUAAGGCAUACGAGCAGCUUACUGUUUCCAGCCUGUCCAAAGCUGGAAAACGUCACAGACUGGAUGAAGAUUUUAAGGAAGAGGAGACAAAGACAGAUCACCUUUCACAUCAAAACUUUAUUCUUUACAUGGAAAAGAUGAAGGAGGAGCUUAUGCACAGAUUUCCUCAGAAGACAUCCAAAGAAGUUAUCCGCCGUCUGGAAGCAAAGCAGUUGAUUAGAUCCAGUAGCGUGGACAGUGCUAGCCAUAGGAAAUCUCAUGAUUGUUCCACUGUGUUACACAAGGGAACAGUGUGUGACAAUUGUGAAAAGGUCAUUGUGGGAACACGAUACAAAUGUGGCAAUUGUUUGAAUUAUAAUCUCUGCGAGGCUUGUGAAGCACGACCAGAUGUCCACAACAUGGAUCAUGUGUUUCUGAAACUGCGUCGACCUUGUCCAAGGGCUUCUUCCUACCAUAGUCCGCUUUUGGGGGUAAUUUUAUACCCUAGCAGUAAAGAGUGUCAAGAAUCAGAGGUCACCAUGUUGAAAAAAGGAGAGCUGGAAAAACUGUUUCGCAAAGCAGACAAGCUUAAACGCCUUGAGAUCAAAAACAAAGAGAAGUUGCGCCGCAAAGAGGAGAAACUGAGGAAGAAGGAACAACAACUUGCUCAGGAAGGAAUUUCACAUUUAAAGAGUCCUGAGAGCUUUGGGGUCUUGAAAGCAAACUUUGUUUGUGACAUCACUCUGCCAGAUUAUUCCAUUGUGAAGCCAGGGGAAUGCUUGACCAAGACAUGGUGCAUUGAAAAUGGAGGCAGCAUUCCCUGGCCUUGCAAGACAGUGCUGAGGAUGAUUCAUGGGAACAUGAAUGCUGCAGUUAAUGAGAUUGAUGUGCCACCACUUCUACCUGGUGAAAGAACUAACUUGACAGUCCAGCUUUUUGCUCCUUUGAAGCCAGGCAAAUAUGACAGUCGCUGGCGUCUGUUUGCACAUGAAGUUAGGUUUGGACUUAUUGUAUACUGCAUUGUUGAAGUGAGCGAAGAGCUUCCAGAAGCAGAAAACAGUUUUGAACCCUUGGAACUUCCUGCAGCUGAUCAGCAUAAAGCAGAGGAAAAGACAGAAACACGAACAGCAUUUCCACUUGGGGGUGUCUUCAAGAAGAACGAAGAAUGCCAGGACAUGAAGAAACUAGAACAGACACUUCCUCUCAUCUACAUUGAAGAGGAAACACAAGAUCUUGAUCCAGCUGCAUCAGAAGCACAGCAGGAACAGAUGCAGGCAACAGAAAACUCAGGCUAUGAUGCAUCCGAUGACUAUCAGGUUGCAGAGGCUAGUGCUGAGUUCCUGUGCCACCCUAUAGGAGCAGCUGAUAAUCUGGAGCAGCCUGAGAAACUUAAGAGACAUCCACCUAGUAUUGUCAAACAAUCUGAUGAGGACAGGGAAUUUUGGUCUCGUAGAUUUACUGGCAUGUCUGCAGAUAAUGAGCCAUCCACACCUAAUAACACACCUCUAGAUGUCAGCCCUCCUCCCGAGCGCACCAUCCACUUUCCAGAACCUGAACUUCUCUCCAAACUUUCCUUGCAAGUCCUUGACAGUGAUAUUGUACAGUCUGACUGUAGAUCUGAUAAAAGCUCUUUCACCACCACAGAAGACUCUGGUGUGCAGCAUGACUACUCGUCAGAAGCAGGGAACCAAAGACCACCGCAGGAGAAAGCAGAUGCUGGCACCUGUGAUGGAGAGCACUCCCCAGUCAUUGACUGGACAUUUGUCCAUGAGCAAUCCCCAGACAGUUCGGCUAGCACUGCUAGCAGCGUGGAAGUGGUUACUGGUGAAGAGCUGACCGAUCUAGAUCAUCAUCAAGAGUCAGGAUCUGUCAACAUUGCCGAGUAUCUCAGCCAAGUUGCUCCCAUAAAUCCAUCUGAUUGGCGAGGGGCAGACAAGUAUGCAGAACUUGAAUCUCUGGACAGUUUUUCUGAUGCUAGCUCAAGCUUGGAUGAUGAGUUUUUCAUCGUAAGGUUGCCUGAUUGCUUUGACAUCAGUAAGCCUCUUCUUCCCUCUGAAGCAUUGUCAACUGGUGACAAGCGAUACAGUCUUCAGUCACAUUUCGCAGCAUUAGAUAAUGAGAGGAAAGAGGAGGAAGAAGAUUUAGAAUCUGAGACUGAUGAUGCCCUUACAGAGCAACCAAGUCUGGAUGACAUGCUGAAGGCAUCUGGCAGCAUUGGAACUCCCACGCUCAUCCCAAAUUUCAUGCCAUCUGCUGAUGCGGCAACUUCAGCAGAUACCAAUGUUACAGUUUUUCGUGAGGAUGAUGAAAAAAUGUCAGAUGCAGAGGCUGCUGCUGCUGGAGACUUUGAGAAUGCUGAAGAAAACCCCAUAGAAGACAAUGCCCCUAGUUGCGCUGGAGAAGAAAGCAAUGAGGUGUCACCUGCAGAAAGUGCCCAGGAGUCUGAGGAAAAUGGGAGAGCUGAAGAGAAGGAUGCCGAAAGUGGUGCAUCUGCCACAGUAUCUGGUGACUGCGAUGAGCUGCCAUUCUUACCACUCUCUCAUGAUAUGAGUAUCCACGCUAAUCAUUUAGUACAGAGUGCUGUCUCUGUGGCCUCCAAGGCAGCUUCCCAGGUUUUCAAUACUGCUAAAGAUGUCUUCUAUACUCUCCAGGGGAGACAGAAUGAAGAGAAACCAUCUACCUGGAAGCCACCAGAAUCCACCUGGACACCACCCAAGUCUGAAUGGACACCACCUAAGUCUAAAUGGACCCCACCUCAGUCCAAGUGGAAGCCACCGCAGAGUGAAUGGAAACCACCUGCAAGCACUUGGACACCCAAAGCACAAGAGUAUGAUAGUACAGUGAAAGAGGCCAAGGCAGAGAGUAAGCAGAGCGAUGUAGAAGAAAAGCCUGGCACAAAAUAUCCACAAGUCAUGAAGCGAUUGGUGGAAAUGGGCUUUUACAACAAAACUCUUAACCAGCAGCUCUUAGAAGAGCAUGAUGGAGACCUGGAGUCUGUGCUUUUGGAACUUCUUCAGUUGACUGAUAAUGACUGGGCAGAGACUAGGCACUAGUAUGCUUCCAUACAGCAUGCAUACAGCUACAGAAUGGGCUUAGACAUCAUGUUCAGCAUGCCUUAAUUAAAAAACAAACUGUCCUGAUGUGCAUGUUUUAAUAUAAUUUGCAGGCCUUUCAUUCUUUGUGCAUAUGCACGAUAGUUUGUGUGUGUACCUACACUUGUUGGCAUACAUGCCUUAACAUCUGUCUCUGUGUGAAAUCAGAGGAGGAUGCUUUCCUGUGGUAUUUUUUAACACUACAUGAUUUAUUAUAGGAAGAAGUUUGGUCAUCUCGGUUGGUUGUGGUUGUGUGCUUGACAUUUAAAGGUUGACUUUGGAUCAGAUAUCUAAUGGUAUUUGACAUGAAACAUACAAUUUUGUAAAAAUCAUUUAAAACAGCCGUGGUUUUCAUUGGUGGGCUUUUAUUUUGUUGUGGCAAGGUGAAGGGUAUAGUUUGUAUGUAUAGUUAUUCGAUGAACCUGAUAGCUAUGUAUGCAGCCGCUGCUGUUUUUGUACUGUGAGAAUGAAUUGGAAAAUGUGUUAGACAUCUCAAGAAGCGCAGUUUUUGAAGGUGACACAGAUGAAGUAUAUUUUACAAUUUAAUUUAACGCAACAGUUUAAACCCCAACCCUAUUGGUGCGUUUGAUUUUGUCAAGCACAUAUUUCACAUUGGAAUUUAUUGAUGAGCAGAGCCAAAUUUCUACCUUUUUGCAGGUGCCUAGAGACAUUCCUUUCUCCUGAGAGCUGUUUCGUGUUUUUGAAUUUGACCAUCAAAGUUUAAUAGAAUGUCAAUAUUCGGUGACUGGUUAUAAAAUGUCUUCUUUUUAUUUGUGUAAUACUUGCCAUAAUGAUCGCUCGAGUUAUUCUGGUAUAACUCUUUUUUUUUUUUUAAAUAUAUGUAAGACACAUUCAGAUUCUCCAGAAGGAAAAUUGAUGGAUUUAAGGUGGCUUUCUUUGAAGAAAGGUUUCUUAUUUCUGGGAGGAAAUGUAGCCAUAUGAUCAUAAAGACUUGGUCAGAUUAUGUGUUCGGAUGAACAGAGAAAUGGAGUUACUGUGUAAAACAUUGUAAUAGUGUAUAUUGUUAAGAAAAUCUUUAAAACUGUCGAGAUGAUGUUUGUGAUACAGAAUAUUUUGUCAUGCCUGAAACCUACGCAAGCAACUUGGAAGUGUUUUGUGUAGGGUAAAAUCUGAAUAAGUUUUUUUUUAUGGGUUUUGCAGGGAUUUUCAUUCCACACUAUAAAACAAUUGUGCAUGUAUGCAUAUGAUGUGCACAGUUUUGACAGCAAAAUGUUUAAAUGCCUCUUUUACUACUUUGUGUUAAUUAACCCUAUUGGAAUAUGGAGUCGGUUAUAAACCAGCAUGUUACCAAUGAAGAUGCCUGUUGCUAUAGAUUUUGAUUAUAUGAAUGGACAGAUUCCGAAUGCUUUGUAGACCAGCUUAUUUGCAACCUAGCUUUACCUAUUUACCACUCCUUGUGUACCUCACGUGAACAUAAUGGAUUUUUUUUUUCUGUCGGGAUCUACUCCGACAAGCUACAAGCUCUUGUCAGAUUUUUAUUUCUCUUCUUUUUUGGAAGCUCUUUAAGGUGUUACCUCCAUAAGUGCAGAGAUAUAUGUUACUGUAAGGAGCACUAAUGUUUAGUACAAAAGAUUUAUAUGUAUCCACCAAAAUGUUCAGAAUUUGUUUUUUUCUUUUUUAAUCUUUAUGUAACUUCCAGUCAAUAAACAGCACAUCUGGAACAGUUUAAACAAUAUCUGCAGUUUAGUAUGUAAACUCUUGGAAAACUUUAUUGAUUUGGCUUCUAUUUCAACCCUGUAUUCAUGUCAACUCUGUAUUCAUGUUAAAAAGAAAAAAAAAAACACACAAAUUGCAUGACCCUAUUCCUCUUUGCUGUCACUAUAGCAGAGGUUCUAGAUACAAACUGUUGAAAAUUUAGCAGCAGGUAUCAGGUUUGUAACACUGAUGAAUUGUUUCCAUGCAUAUUUUAACAUUUUCAACAAUUUCUUUCCUUAUAGUCUAUACUAAAGUGUAAUGAAAAGUGAAUGAUCUUGAUUUUGAAAACUUGUUAUCUUGUGAUAUGUUUGUGCCUGAACCUGUGAAAAAUCAUUGCGUCAAGUACUGAAAGGAGACAUCAUUGCAGAGAAUUACUGCAAGUGGCACCUAAAUAGUUGUUUCAUUUGUUGACUUAUACAAAGUGUUUUUGAAUGGAGCUUGGUUGCUUGUCACAUUACAGAGAUAAUGUUCUAUGGUGCAAAAAUAAAGUUUUCAGAAACCAGG